UCAACAAUUGUUGCCACAAAAGCUACUGGCAACCGAACUACUCAUGUACUCAUAAAUCGCUCCAAUAACACUAUAAUCGCUGGUAACACUACACAACGCCUGCAGCAUGCUAAAAUUUUGAAUAAACCACCGACAAAUAUUGCAGCGACCGCCGUUAUCGCUAAUAAGUCUCAAAUUAAUCAUAAUUCUCAUUCUCCUGCCAUACAAGCUGUGAAGCUGCAACAACAACCACUGCGCCAAAACAUUUCGGCCUUGCAACAAAUUAGGCCACAAACGCAACAGCAGCAGCAGCAAAAACAACAACAACAACAACAACAAAAGAUACAAUUAGUUAAGCCCAUCGUUCACAGUAGCAAUGCGGUGACAGUGACGGCCACGAAAACAACAACAGUAGCCAACAUGGCUGCGACUUCACGCAAUCUAUCGACUGUUACGCAAGUUAACGGUGUUCCCAAUUUAGUUCCUAACAGCAACAGCAUCACCAACAACAAGAGUGGAACUAUGACAACUUCCACAUCGGCAACUUUAUCGGUGAAAACGUUACCGACUGCAGCUGUAUUUCCGCAAAAGCAGCAACAGUUGCAGUUGCAGGCCCAACAACAAAUGCAUCAACAACAUAGCCAAAACCAAAUUCAACAACGUCAAUCUCAGCAGCAGGGACAAUCUGAGGAACAUAAACACGUAAUUGCCCACUCUCGUACUAUACCCGCCACAUCUCUCCCUGCGACAACAGUUGCUGCCACACCCGAUGGUACUGCCAUCACGGAAGCUGCUGAGCCUGAGGUUGAACCGGAGAUUGACAUUGUCAUCAACAACGUGGUUUGCUCGUUCAGUGUGCGAUGUCAUUUGAAUCUGCGUGAUAUUGCUCUCAAGGGUCUCAAUGUGGAGUAUCGUCGCGAGAACGGUAUGGUGACAAUGAAGCUGCGAAGACCUUAUACGACUGCGUCCAUCUGGUCAUCAGGUCGAAUCACCUGCACAGGUGCCACAUCUGAAGAACAGGCGAAAAUUGCAGCACGCCGUUAUGCACGCGUCCUUGAAAAACUUGGGUUCCGUGCCCGUUUUCACAAUUUCCGAGUAGUGAACGUACUGGGCACAUGCAGCAUGCCGUGGGCCAUUAAAAUUUUAAACUUCUCUGAAAGGUACAAGAAAGAGGCGAGUUACGAGCCCGAAUUGCAUCCAGGUGUUACAUAUAAAUUGCGCUUUCCAAAGGCCACUUUGAAAAUUUUCUCCACCGGCAGUAUUACUGUGACGGCUGCUAGUGUUGCUAAUGUGCAGGCCGCUAUUGAACAUAUCUUCCCACUGGUCUACGAGUUUCGCAAAAAACGCUCACCCGAAGAGUUGGAACAGUUGCGUAUUAAGCAACAACAGGCGGCUUUGGUUGAUACUACUGAAUUGGAGGAGGUGCUAGAUAGCGAUAUUGUCGUUGAAACUACCCAAAGUGUGCCAACAUUACAGCGCAGGCGUUCAUGCAAUAACGUAAUCAAUAAUUUUAAGCAAAAGCGUAGAAGACUGGGCAGUGAUGCCGAAGAUGGAACGUUAGCAGCAGCUGCUGAAGAAGUUGACGAUCCUGAGGCAAAAGAAAACGAUGAUAAUAUUGUUAUGUACGAUCCGGACGAUUUAAUUGAAGGACCUGAUGAUGAGGAAGUAUAAAUGCGAUAUGUGAUGUGUUUCUCUCGUUGGUAGAGGGGAGUGUUAAAAAGCAUUCAUGCUGUUUGAUUAUGUAUUAUGGUUUCAACAAAAUUUCUAUACAUAAUGUAAUGUUUUAUCUACGAGAAGAAAAUGACUUUACUACAAAUAGUAAUAAUGAAACGAAAUACGAAUAACAACAAAAUAAAAACAUAGAAUACUUAUAUUGUAGAAUGAAUGAUACGAAUUGCAUAAAAAUGCAAGCGAAUUGAUCAGCGAAUUCAUUCAGUUUGACGCCUUACAAAUUGCAUAUUAGAAGAAAAACUUGAACACAUCAGAAACCAAAUCAAAUCAAAUCUAAUCAAACAAAUGCAGUUUAUCGUUAAAAACACAACACAUUAAAAACUGGACGAUAAUGAUAUGUGUGAGUGAAUACAUACACUCAAUUGUGCGCAUAUAUUUCAAGAACUCCAGUACAAUCAAACACAUCAUACAUAUGGGAUUUUUUCGUUUCACCAUGAUUGGCAUUUAAGCGAUUCGAGUUUCAUGCCAAGAUGCAAGCAAUGAAAAUAUUAAAUGUCUAAUUUUGAGGAGUCUGCGAACUGCAAACUGCGAUCUACUAUGGGAAUUGUGAGCCAAAUAACUACAACUAUUUUUAAGG